UUAGCUAUUCUUCAUCAUUCCUUGUCUUAUAUGAAUCCCAUUCAGCUGGAUGGGAUUCUUAUGUAGGCUAGGGGUUUUCUGAACAUGGUAGGAAGGUAUGAAAUGAGUAACCUACAUGGAAAACCCAUAAAGUUGUCAAAUCCUAUGUUUGCUAACAUAAACUACUUUUAGACCAUAGAAAAUGUGGUCCCAGAUAUGAUGUAAAGUAUUUAUGAUAGGAUAUAAACUAAUUGUGAUAUGCUAUUCUUAGAAUCUAUGGAAGAACAGCAUCAAUAUGUCUUUGUAUCUGUAAUCUCUGAACUGACUCGAUCAAAUUUGCAGGAGCAUUUCUGAUGGUGACUUUAGUCAAGUGCAGUGAAAAUGAAGAUGCUUCAAAAAUCUUUUAAAGAGUGCAGCUUUUAACUCCACCAUUGAAGCAGAGGAACAGAUGGCUGUGUAAAUGAAGAUCAACUUCAAUGAGAAAAACAUUAUUAUUCAGAAAGAGUCAUCUUAGAACAUGGAUUUUCAACUGGAGAGUCAGAGUCCCUGUCAAAGAGGAUUACAGUGUGCCAUCCUCUCUCUUUAGUGGCUAGAUGAUAGUAAUGGAGGAUCCAAACCCCCUUUUUUGGUGUAACAUAGGGAAGGUUGUUACAGCAACAGCAACAUAACAGUGAUCUAGAAUCUAAUAAACACCUUGAAAGAAACCAGCUGAGAACUAUAUAGUACAUGUCACUUAAACAUCCCUCUUCUUGCCAAAGAACAUCCAUGGUGUAUACUCCAGUAAUUCUCAACCAGGGUACCACUCAAUAUUAGCACUGUUAGGUGUGCAAAUACCUGCAUGUGAUUCUGCAGAUACACCCAGAGAUUUGAAAUGGGAAACUAUAGUGUCAAAAGUUUUCUGACCUGCUAUGGUCUUUCUGAGUUCUUUGCAAUGGAAGAAAUGCUCCAUUUUUCCAUAUACAACUGAGUGAAAGUUUCUCAAACAGUUAGGUAUACAUCCUGACUGGCAGUUUGUAGACGUGUAUGGUAUGGAGCCAGAACUUCUUAGCAUGGUGCCAAGACCGGUCUGUGCAGUAUUACUUCUCUUCCCAAUAACAGAAAAGUAUGAAACUUUCAGAACAGAAGAAGAAGAGAGAAUAAAAACUGAGGGGCAAGAUGUGAAAUCAUCAGUAUACUUCAUGAAGCAGACCAUCAGCAAUGCUUGUGGAACAAUUGGGCUUAUUCAUGCUAUUGCAAACAACAAAGAUAAAAUGAACUUUGAAUCUGAUUCUUCAUUGAAAAAGUUUCUGGAAGAUUCAUUAUUAAUGACUCCUGAAGAGAGAGCCAAAUAUCUAGAAACCUAUGAGGCUAUUCGUGUCACUCAUGAAUCCAGUGCCCAUGAAGGUCAGACUGAGGCACCAAGUUUAGAUGAAAAAGUAGAUCUUCACUUUAUUGCAUUAGUGAAUGUAGGCGGUCAUCUUUAUGAAUUGGCCUUUCAUUUCAGACACUUCAGAAGGCUAGUUGAAGCAGUGACUUGAAGACAGCUAUCAGUUGGAAAUGGAGUAGAAUAAAGACAGCAUAUCAUUCCCAGUAUAGUGCAUUCCCCACCACUUAAAAUGCCCAUGGCUAAUAGAGGGUAGCUAUUUAGGCCCCUGGCAGAUGUUUAUUUAAAUGCACAGUGGGAUUUGAGGAAUUUUAUCCCAGAUUCCAAUAACUGUGUGUCCUGCCAUGCCAAAUUUCCAAGAUGUAGCCCAGGGGGACGUGAUUUUGGGGAUCUGGCAUAAAGAUUUUUCUGAUCCUAUCCAGAGCUUUAAAGGCUUGGUGGGCAGCCUAGUACCAGAUAACUGUUUGCCAGUGGUGGGCUGCCAAGCACAGCUUUAAACUUGCUAGCAAGGAGCGUAGGAUUGCAAUCCUGGCUCCCUGUCACCCUCCCAGACCUUUAAAAGCCAUGCCCAACAGACGAGGAUUGGGAACUGGUCCUAGAUGUUGGGCUGCCCAAUAUGACUUUUAUUCUUGGUGGCAUGAAAGGAGCCCAGCAUCUGAGACUGCCUUCUCAGUUUUGGGCUCCCCAUGGGAAAUUUAAAUGAGUUUGCAGGCAGCCCCGCAUCAGAGAUUAGCUCCUGAGCCCAGCGUACGCCGAGCUCUGAGCACCUUUCAACAUGCCAUAUGUAUAAAUUGAAAGUGCAAUACAAACGAGUCACAAAGAUGGUUUAAAUUGCAUUAUGCUUUAAUUUGAGUAUGUGGCAUGUUACAGUUUAUCACGUUUAACAUGUUAAUCACACAAUAAAAUAACACCUGCCAGGGAUUUUAUUUCUGGCAAAUAUCCCAAGCAAUUUACUACCCCUGUAGAUCUCGGUUAUAAAGUCAUCACUUACCCAGUUUUAAGAGUGCCAGCUAUUUCCUAGUAAAUUUGUUUUGCUUGUCUGGUUCGCUGCUGAUACCAGUUGUAGUUUGACAAUUUGACUUGCAUGUAGCAGUUAGCACAACCCACCGGCCAUAAAUAUAAUUGAUUCUACUUUAUUAUUGUAUAAUGCCAUAUACCACUGCAAUUAAUAAAAUAUUGAAAAUGAACACCUAAUUUAACAGCGUUUGUAAACUGCACCGAUUCGAGUCUAUAUAAUAUCAAGGACACUUGAGAUGGACCAUUAUUAAAUAGCAUGUCUUGUUCAUGAGAGAGAAUUUCUAAACUGUUUCAUAGUGGGGUAAAAACUAUAGGAUGCAAUUGCCAUAUUUACUCGGUUCUGAGUAAAUUAACAUGGGGAAAAGCCCCUCAUCCUUAGAACUGAGUAUGAGGACACUGGGGAACAGGUGCUGCAGUGCCCUGGGUUUCAGCCCCUACCUGGAGUCGGGGCUGCAGCUGCUGCUGCUGCAUCCUCCUGCCCACCUCUGCUUGCUGUCAUCUCCUACCUUCAGCCUCUUUCUCCCCCUUUUUAGCGUCUGGUCCCCUACCUUCCCCCCCCCACCAAAUCUUUGCUCUGUACUGCAAGUUCUGUCCAUGCUGCGGCCUGGGGCACUGAGCACAGCCCCAGCUCGGCCUACGCAACUGUUACAGGGUCAGACUGGGGCUAGGGAAAAGUACUGUGUCAUCAGCUUUUGCCCACUCUGACCAGCCUGUGGACCUUGGCAGGCAGAAAGCCGGGGGGAGAACCACAAGAUCAUAAAUGCUUGUGCUUUUGCCAUGGAAAACCAUGUUGUUUAUAUACAACUGAAAUACAAAUGUUGUGCCAGAAUGAACUUAAAAAUUCAAUAGUUUGCAAAAUAGAGUGGCAUUCAAUUCUCUUUCUUGGAAUGUGU